UUGUGUUGCUUUGUGCAUACGUGUGAACACACACUUCCUGUUUGACAUGUUCUACCAGGUGUGUCACAGCAUGAACAUACUGGCUGAUAUCCUGGUUUCAUUUUGUGAUAGUGUGUUUAUACAGGUGUGGGCUGGCUGCCACUGACUUGCGCUGGUGAGAGAAAUCCAGCACAGUCGUGAGAGGAGGGAAACUACAGCACUACUCUGACCGGAACUAUAACUUCUCUCAAAAAUAAGGGAGGAAUAGUCGCACACAAACACCUGUACAGGUGGAAGAAGAAACCCUGCAAACAAGGAAAGGCUGGAGAAAGACAGGAGAAUACUUCAGAAUGUGAAAUAACCCGAAGGAGAUUCUUCAACUGUGGUUCGAUCAAUGGGUCUGGGAUUCCAAUGUGGCAUUUCAGGCUCUGGGAUGUACAAGAUGUUGCUGUGUUUUUCAGCAUCACAUUAUACAUGUGUCACCUAGCUGGAGCCAUCUCCAUUCAGUCUCCCCAGAAGAGCCUGACCGGGUCGGUGCAGGAGGAUGUGUUUUUCUCAGUGGAUGUUACCUGUUUAGGGAUCCCCACCAUACAAUGGACCUUUAUUUCAGGGGCGGUGAGCCACACGAUAGGGACUUGGCAGCCGGGGGUGUACACCAACAUGUCAGUGGAUUACAACAGCAGAGUGCAGUCCUUCAAAAAUGGCUCAAUGGGGCUGUCAGACCUGCGGCUGCAGGAUGCUGGAUUUUACGUGGUCACUGUCACAGAUCCAGCAGGAAGCAGCAAGGACGCUGGCUUUGUCCUGAAAGUAAACGAGGUGCUGUAUGAGGACCUGCAGUACCUGUCUGUCUCUGCCUUAGCACUGGCCUUUGUGGCUUUCCUUCUCAUGCUGGCCACAUGGCUACUAGACAAGGCCUACAGGAAGAUAGUCGCAUGGAGACGCAGGAAAGAGAUGCCAGAAAAUGACGCAACAGAGCUGCAGCCUCUCUGAAGGACGUCCAGCGGUGCUUUGUCCCCGGCAGGGAAACACACCAGGGACCCCUCAUCGAACACAAGGACUAGAACGUUUAUUUUAGUUCAACAAGUUACUUACAGCCAGGAAGAUGGCUUGUUUUUUUUUUGUUUUUUUGAAUUAUGAAAAACUGUGUGCCAAGAUGUUUACAUGUUUAAAUGCAUUUACAGCUCACUGCUGAUGACACCGGAUUGAAUGUAAAUAUAUCACUAAUGACAUUGGGCAACAAUACAUACAGUAUUUACUGUCUAAGCAAAUGAAUUGUGUGAUUUUUAUGGGUUCAAUUUUCCAAAGUUUAAUCUGGUUUUGGAAAAAGGUUUUAUAGCAGGUAGUCUGUAUCAGACCUUUGAUGCAGUAAAACAGAUGGAAUGAACAAUGAGUCUACUUUUCUUAUUACUUACUUACAUUACUCAUUUUAAAAGGUGAUCUAAAACACACGAUUCUUUCGUACAGUGCCGACAAAUCAAAUCAGACAAAUCAUAAAGAUUAAGCAAAACUGCAAAGACACAUUCCUCACAAAAAGACAUUUACCAGAAGUCCUUUGAAAACAUUUAAUAACUUUAUGAUGUGACAAAUCAGCACAUAUACAUAUGGACAGACGUAAAGUUUUAUUUUGUAUCAGACUGUUUGAGGUACACACAAAUAUAAAAAAAACGAGCACUCUGCAGACACUACUGGAGGAGGAAAGGAAGAGAAAAGACAUAUUUCUUAAAAUUUUGUGGCUGAAAAUCUCUCUAGAAAAGGUGGAUUCUAUGAGUUUUGCUGUCCAGUUCACAGCCAUGGAACUGCAUAUAAACCCUGGCUUUGUAUACGGGAAAGGAGUCCGCACACUGACUGUAUCUAAGGACAAGGAGUCAGUGCAGCCAUGAGGAGCUCCAUCUUGUAGACAAAGUUUCGUCCUUCCAUCUUGCUCCAGUGGACCUCUUUGCUCGGCCCCCUGAGGUGGCUCCAUUUGGCAUCCUGGAUGACGUCGCUCUUAGGCAGCUCUUUGGUCUGGGUGCGGGGGAACUGGACCAAAACCUUGCAACCGCUCUCUGGGCCGUUACGCACUGAGUAGACCAACAGAUCACACACACAAUAUACAGUAUUAGUGACUACAAUCUGCUUAUGUAAUACAUCCACGCCCAAUUUCUAGUCAUUUGAGGUUAUCUUCAGUGUUCAUCCGUUGUCUUAGGAUACUCUUACUAUGUUAGAUAACAUUAACUCAUGAUGUGGAUGUGAUGCAUUCAAGGGGUUAUUUUGUGGUGUGGUGUUUCAAGUGUUUUGAUUCACUUUUUCAAUGAUCCCUCAAUUUGCAUAAACUCAGUGAUUUUA